CCAAAUUCAAUUUUGCGCCUAAAAUCUUGCCAAAAACCCUCCUCCGCUUGCCCUGCUCGUCUCCUCCACCUCUUUCUGCAACAAACACCUCACCUCUCUUCUCCUUCGCAGACGAAAUCAAAAGAGGGUGUUUGUAUCCGCCGCCGCAUUCAGAGGUUUCUCACAAACAUGGAAGGCGUCGAGAUGGAAUUUCAUCUACCGGAAAAUGCUGACGUGUCCUCAGAUGACUUCUGCAACACGGUACUAUCACAAUUUAGCUCAGCUAACAACGAGCACCACGUCCACAUCUGCACCGCCAUUGGUACAAUGUCACAGGAGCUCAAAGACCAGAACCUUCCUCUUACCCCAAUCACUUACUUCGGCGCUACGAGUUCCUCGCUCCAACGCCUAUAUACCUCCUCCCCUGAAGGACCACCAUCACACCUAAUCGAUGCACUUUCCACGAUUUUAUCCCUCGUCCUUCCUAGAAUAAACAAAGCCAUUUUGAAGCAGAAAUACGAGUAUUUGUCUAACCUUAUGAUUCAAUUGCUUGGAUUAAAGACCAUUGGUAUCGAAGGGAUCAUUGGGUGCUUAAAGUGUGUUAUGCACUUGCUAAUUGUGGGAUCCAAAGGGAACUGGUCGGAUGUUGCUCAACUCUAUGGUGUGUUUAUUGGUUAUUUAACGGAUGAUCGCCAAAAGGUGAGAAAGAUGUCGCAUAGUUGCAUUCUUGAUGUCUUGCAAAACUUUCAGGCAUCACCUAUGCUUGCUCCUCUAUUGGCACCUGCAAGUGAAGCCAUCACAAAUCUCUUCGAGAGGUCCCUUCUACUUGCAGGAGGAACAACUGGAAAUGCUUCUGAAAGACCCAAAGGAGCACAACAAGUCUUACACGUGCUGGAUGCUCUGAAACUUUGUCUUCCUUAUAUGUCUUCAAAGUAUUCGAAUAGUACUUUGAAGUACUUCAAGUCUCUACUGGAGUUGCAUCAGCCUCUUGUUAAUAGGCGCAUUACAGAUGGUUUGAGUGCUCUUUGUAUCCAUCCGACAGCAGAAGUAUCCGCAGAAGUGCUUCUGGACCUCUUGGGUUCAUUAGCUACUUCAGUUUCUGUGAAUGAGUCAUCUGCUGAUACUCUGACAUUCAUAGCUCGCUUGCUUGGCAUUGGGAUGAAAAGAGUAUAUUCGAUUAACAGGCAAUUAUGCGUGGUUAAGCUCCCUAUGGUGUUCAGCUCUCUUAGUGAUGUUCUGGGUUCUGAGCACGAGGAAGCAAUAAGGGCUGCACUGGAGGCACUCAAGAGCUUAAUACAUGAAUGCAUUGAUGAAAACUUGAUCAAACAGGGUGUGGAUGACAUAAUUAGUUCUAAUACUGAUAUGAGGAAAUCUGGACCAACUAUCAUUGAAAAAAUCUGUGCCACAAUUGAGAGCUUAAUUACCUAUCACUAUGCAGCAGUCUGGGACAUGUCAUUUCAAGUAGUGGUUGCCAUGUUUGACAAGCUAGGUCACUAUUCUUCUCACCUUCUGAAGGGAACACUUCAGAGUUUGGCUGAUAUGCAAAAGUUGCCAGAUGAAGACUUCACUUACCGUAGACAGCUGCACGAAUGUGUUGGAUCAGCUGUUGGUGCAAUGGGACCUGAAUCUUUUCUAACUCUUCUUCCUCUUAAAUUGGACGCGCAAGAUUUAUCGGAGUCCAACAUCUGGCUUUUCCCAAUUCUAAAGCAAAACAUCGUUGGUGCGCAUUUAAGUUUCUUUACCAACUCAAUUUUGUCGAUGGUUGGAGCUAUGAAGCAGAGGUCUGCAAUGCUCGAGAGCAAGGGAAAGAUUUAUUCUGCGAGAACCGUUGAUGGAAUUGUGUAUUCAUUGUGGUCGUUGUUACCCUCAUUUUGCAAUUACCCUGUGGACACUGCUGAAAGCUUUAAGGAUUUGGAGAAAGUUUUGAGCAAAGCUUUACGGGAAGAGCCUGAUGUUUGUGGGAUAAUAUGCUCCAGUUUGCAGAUCCUCAUUCAGCAGAACGAUAGCAUUUCAAAAGGAAAAGUGGAUUUGUCUGAUACUGAAAUGAGCGUUCCCAAAAAACGAGCCAUUGCGCGUUAUAACCAGCAAGUUGCACGUGAUAACUUGAAUGCAUUGAGUCUUUCGGCUCCUAAACUGCUGUCUGUUCUCUCCGGAGUCUUUCGAAAAUCCUCUAAGGAUACUGGUGGAUCUUUGCAGAGCACAAUCCGUGAAUUGGCCCCUAUUGCUGACAAGGAGGAAGUAAGAAAGUUCUUUAUGAAGACCAUGCGUGAGCUUUUGAAGGUGACUCAAGAGUCUGGGAAGGCAGAGAAGGCCAGAAGUUCCAAUUCAAUGCAGAUUGAUGACUCAUCCAGUGAAAGUUCUUUGUUGCUAAAGAGGGCACAGUUAUUUGAUCUGGCGGUUUCGCUCUUGCCUGGUUUAGAUGCUGAGCAUAUUAAUGCACUGUUUGGUGCAAUAGAGCCUGCUUUAAUGGAUGAUGAAGGCUUGAUCCAGAAGAAGGCAUAUAAAGUUCUUUCCAUCAUGCUUCGGGAAUCAGAUGAAUUUAUUUCAAGAAGUACCGAAAAGUUGCUUAAUUUGAUGAUUGAAGCACUACCUGCAAAUCAUUUUUCAGCCAAACGUUACAGACUUGACUGCCUAUACUCUUUAAUUGUCCAUGUUACAAAGGAUGACCCAGAACAGAGGAGGCGGGACAGUAUUACUUCUUUUAUGACUGAAAUUUUGCUUGCACUCAAAGAGGCUAACAAGAAAACAAGGAACCGAGCGUACGAGCUUCUUGUCCAGAUUGGCCAUGCUUGUGGGGAUGAAGAAAGAGGUGGCAGAAAGGAGAACCUGCAUCAGUUUUUUACUAUGGUUGCUGGGGGUAUUGCUGGAGAUACACCUCAUAUGAUCAGUGCAGCAGUUAAAGGCGUAGCUCGCCUGGCUUAUGAAUUCACCGACCUUGUUUCUGCUGCGUACAGUGUCCUUCCAUCAACAUUUCUUCUCCUUAAGAGAGAGAACAAAGAAAUAAUUAAGGCUAAUUUAGGGCUAUUGAAGGUACUGGUCACAAAGUCGCCGGCUGAGGGACUACAAGCACAUUUAAGGAGCAUGGUAGAGGCCCUUCUUGGUUGGGAAAAUAAUACCAAGAAGCAUUUCAAAGCGAAGGUUAAGCUGCUUAUUGAAAUGCUUAUCAAGAAGUGUGGUCUGGAUGCUGUAAAACAGGUGAUGCCUGAAGAUCACAUGAAACUCCUUACUAAUAUAAGAAAGAUCAAGGAGCGAAGUGAUAGGAAACUCGCGUCGAAUUCUGAGGAAAGCAGAUCUCAUAUGUCAAAAGCAACAACAUCAAGGCUAAGCAGAUGGAAUCAUACAAAAAUCUUUUCUGAGUACGAUGAUGGAUCUGAGAAUAGUGAUGCAGAAUAUAUGGACGCAAAAACUACUACUGGUCGUAGGAGCAAGGCUACAUUAGUAUCAGACUCCAAAGCAUCUUUAUUACGGUCCAAGAAAACACGGAAAGCAGCCAGGAGUUUGCAGGAAGAUCUGUAUGAUCAAUUAGACGACGAGCCACUUGACUUGCUUGACCAGAAGAAGACCAGGUCAGCUCUUAGAGGAUCUGGCAAUCUCAAGCGGAAGUCUGAGUCAGAAGAUGAAGCAGAAAUAGACUCUGAAGGCCGUUUGAUUAUUCAAGAGGGAGAUAAGAAGCAAAAACGAGUCAAGCCACCUACUAAUGAUUUUGAUGCAAGGAGCGAAACAGGAAGUCGCUUUUCUGAGAGCUCAAGGAAAACUCAGAAACGGAGGAAAACGUCUGAUUCAGGAUGGGCCUACACUGGAACAGAGUAUGCAAGCAAGAAGGCAGGUGGUGAUGUCAAGAGGAAAGACAAACUUGAGCCAUAUGCCUACUGGCCCCUUGACCGCAAGAUGAUGAGCCGUAGGCCUGAACAUCAGGCAGCAGCACGAAAAGGAAUGGCAAGCAUUGUGAAGCUAACAAAGAAUCUUGAAGGCAAGAGUGCAUCAUCCAUACUGUCCGCAAAGAGAGUCAAGACUAAAAAGAAAGCCAGCUCCAAAAAGACGUUGAGGUGAAGUUUGCUUUCUGGAUGCUAGGUCAAAAUGGAGAGCUCCGCCCAGAGGCUCAUUAGAUUUUGGCAAUCCGGCACCCCGUGUUCUUUUUUUAGUGACCUUUUUAUUUUAUUGGUCCAUGUAUAUCGCGUGUUGAAGUGGUAUGGUUGUUGGGAUAGGAAUGUCGAGGAAAAGGAGGUAGGAAGGAAAUCGAGUAUACGUAGUUGCCAUAGGGAAAUUAUCGUAUGUGUCAAAUGCUAGCUAUUUAAGUUGGUUCUUUGUUAUAUUCUUUCAAAUUGCAAUAUGUUGGUGCAUGAAAGAAUGUGAGUCACAAGUGAUUUGUUAAAUUUUUCGAGAUUGUUGUUGCAACCCAGAGAGAUUUCCUUUUAGCACGUGGUUUUGAUAGUAGAAAAGUUCAGCUGCCUCAA